AUGAAUUCCAUAAAAAAAAUUGACCCUUUGGCUUAUGAACACCUCAUGGAAAGGGACCCUAAAAGUUGGUGCAGGGCAUUCUUUGAAGUGGACAGGGCUUGUGAUACUUAUGAGAAUGGCAUAUCAGAAAGUUUCAACUCUGUUAUUGAUCUUGCUAGGAAAAGGCCACUCAUCACCAUGUUGGAAGAGAUAAGGAUUUAUGCAAUGGAGAGGAUGUAUAAAAUGUUGCAAGAGGGACAAAGUUGGGGGAAUUUAAAAAUAUGUCCAUCUAUAAGGUUGAAGAUAUCAAAGCUAAAUAAACAGCAAAGAUUAAUAGAACUUCUUAUUUUUUUGGGCGGAUUUUGGGGUGUUAUACCAUCUGGGAUACAACAAUAUGAAGUUAGGAUUGGAAAUGAUGGAUAUGCUGUGGACCUUAACAACAACACAUGUGGAUGUAGAUCUUGGCAAGUAUCAGGUAUCCCAUGUGUGCAUGCAGUGGCAGCCAUUUCAUACCUCAACAGGAAUGUAGAGGAUUAUGUUGCACCAUGGUUCCAUACAGCCAUGUUCUUGACUUGUUACAACCAUACCAUUAACCCACUUAAUGGUAGUUCCAUGUGGCCUGAAGCUCCCUACAUGAAGCCAUUGCCUCCUCAAAAAAGAAGGUUACUAGGAAGGCUAACCCUUAAAAGGAAAAAAGAUCAAUAUGAGAUGGAAAGCAAGGGGAAAACAAGGCAUACUAUCUCAAAAGCAGGUUCAGUUAACAGAUGCACUAUUUGUAGAGAAAGGGGCCACAAUAGAUCAACAUGUCCUACUAGACCAGCAGAUGUAGCAUCCACUUCAAGGCCAAAAACCAAGAAACCUAAAAAAUGUAAAAAAGAGAAAGGUAAAGUGGAACCAGUUCAAGUGGAUCCAGUUCAAGCAGAUCCAGUGGAUCCAGUUCAAGUACCAGCUCCACAUGUUGAACCAGUUCAAGAAGAUCCAAUGGAUCCACUUCAAGUACCAGCUCCACAUGUUGAACCAGUUUAA